AUGUGUAAGGGGGUAGUCAGUGAAGAAAAGAGCAGGAAGGCAGGUGGAGGCAUCUGAUAAACUAACUGUCAGCAGAUAAACAUUAGUUUUGACCGGUUUAAGCAGGUAACUGGACGCCGAAACGCUCCUGAAUGAAGGACACGGUAGAGCUGGUUCAGCGGCUGAGCGCUCACCCCGACUCCCGCUGCUGGUAUGUAGCCUGGAGCCCCAAGGGUUCCCUUCUGGCGUCCUGCGGCGGAGAUCGAGCGGUCCGGAUCUGGGGGAAAGAAGGAGACAGUUGGGAGUGUAAGAGUGUGCUGUCAGACGGACACCAGCGGACUGUCAGAAAGGUUGCCUGGUCACCCUGUGGGAAUUAUCUUGCAUCGGCCAGCUUUGAUGCUACCACUUGCAUCUGGAAGAAGAAGAAUGAUGAUUUUGAGUGCCUUACAGUUUUAGAGGGACAUGAAAACGAAGUAAAGUGUGUAGCUUGGGCUCCGUCUGGAAACCUGCUGGCCACCUGCAGCAGAGACAAGAGCGUGUGGAUAUGGGAAGUUGAUGAGGAGGAUGAGUAUGAGUGUGUGAGUGUGGUCAAUUCUCACACACAGGAUGUGAAGCAUGUAGUUUGGCAUCCCACACAAGAGCUCUUGGCGUCAGCCAGUUAUGACAACAAGGUGUGCAUUUAUAAAGAGGAGGAUGAUGACUGGGAAUGCAGGGCAACUCUAGAGGGACACACGUCGACAGUCUGGAGUCUUUCCUUUGACCCAGAGGGACACAGAUUGGCCUCCUGUAGUGAUGACCGCACUGUGAAAAUAUGGAAGGAGUGCACACCAGGAGAUGGCGAGGGUGAUGGGUCUACUGACACGUGGAAGUGUGCAUGUACCCUUUCUGGGUUUCAUAGCCGUACAGUUUAUGAUGUUGCAUGGGAUCGUCUGACUGGUGCGCUGGCGACAGCAUGUGGAGAUGAUGGAAUCCGUGUUUUUAAAGAAGACCCAACUGCUGACCCUGAGCAACCUGUCUUUAACCUCACUGCUCAUGUGCCUAAGGCUCAUACCCAGGAUGUUAACUGUGUAGCCUGGCAUCCACAGGAAGUGGGCGUGCUGGCCACCUGCAGUGACAAUGGAGAAAUCGCUAUCUGGAAAUAUGAAUCAGAAGUUUAAUCUACAGAGCAUCCUCUGCAUUGGACUCACAAAGCACUGUAUUUUACUCUGUUAUUGUGAAGUAACAAAGUUAAAACAGUUGUGUUCUCUUGUUUCUUUUACUGAAAUUAAGGAACUAGUCUGUUUUUUACAGUAACAGAACUAGCACUGGCAUUCUUUCCCAUUUGUUUUUGUUUCAAAUGUGUGAAUUGAGCUUUCAGGUACACCCACUUAAAUUUUUGAAUACACCCUCUAUAUGUUUUAUACCAUAGAAGAUGUUUUAAUACACAAUAUAUAACAGAUCAGUGCAUGAAAACUUUGAUCAUGAAAACAUUCAGCUUAUGCGUAUAGUUCACUCAACAAUUCUCACAGCCUUGCUUCUAGUUGAAUUAUGGACAAACUGUAUAAUACAAAUAAAAAAAAAAUGUUUUUGUCAUAUACAUUUGCUGUUAGAAACUGCAAACAGUUUUAAAUGUUGUAUUUAAAAACUCUCCAGCUUUAAUGGGACCUACUUUUAAAAUUUAAGCUUCAAAAACAUAUUUUCUAUGUGCAGAAUAAAAUGUUUGAUGCAGCAAUGAUGGUCAGCAAACCAUUUUGUUUGGGUCAUUGUGGUUGUGGUAUUCAGUAAAUCUAUAACAAUGUAAAUUGCAAUAGUAAAACUGGAUUUAUUGAAGUUUACACUUUUUUCAAA